AUGGCCGUUCAACUGAACGCCGACCAAAUGAUCGUCUCAAAGCGUACAUCUUUGUUUUCAUUUAUUUACAUCUUGGGAUUAUUGGCACUUGGCAUGCUUCCAAUGGCAGCUGCAAAACCAGGCAGUUCUUCCUCCAGCAGCAGCGGUGGCGGCGGUGGAUCGUCCUCAUCAAGCAGAAGCCGACACGCCGCCUCAAAGGACUUCGCCUUGAGCCCACGCACGAAGCCAGACUGCACAAACUCAUCCAACGCGGCAAACCUGCACAUGGACCAAAACGGCAGGCCCUGGCCCGGCUCCUUGUCCACUCCUGGCCCAUCUGGGCUCUCGCACCCGUUUCGGCAUCCUGAGUACACGGAAAAGGACGGUCGUGGCAAAACCACAGGACCAACGACUCCAACAGGGUGCUCACGAAAGAACGCGGCCCUGGCCCGGUCUUCCGUCCGCCUCAGCACGUCUGCUCGUCUGCACGAGCACCUUCGGAAGCAGAAGGCCACGUUGUCCACAAUGCCCAUCUCGGGCCAGCGCCCAUUCGUCACGUUCAUCUUUGGAUGA